AUGGCUCUGUCAAGAGGAAUGGCUCACGCCAGCGUUGGAAUUGGCUUCGCACUCUUGGCACUGACUUUUGGGUGUAUCGCUGCUGGUGCUUUUGCGAUGAGUAAACUUAAUGAAUGGGUCGCGAGCAUUGGACUUUGGGCAAUCUAUGUAAGUCUCAUAAUAUAUUUUGUAUUUCUUCAUUUCAUGUCUAGUAACUUAGGCACUGGAAUUACUGUGAUAGUUACAUAUGGCGGAUAGAGGCACCGCAGCUAGAUUUGUUGAGAAAGUCUCUUGGGCAACAAAAAUAAUUUUCAGCUACAUUCAAAGACGUGAGCAAUGUUUUCUUUAAGACGGGAGGGGGGUAAUUUUGUUAAAUUAAAGUACGUUUACACAAAAUUAUUAAUUGGGCCGAUUUAAUGAAACGAUAUAUUUGAAAAAUACGCUGUCAACGUGAUCUGACGACAUCGUCAACUGGCAAUAUUCAUUGAUAGGGAAUUUAAACUUCACGUUUCCGGGAACGGCAAACGGUAGGUUCGAACGUUCUUGGCAAAAUUUUGGUUGAACGUUUUCGUUUCAUAUUUUCUGUCUUGUGUCGAAAGAAUAAUUAUGUAUUUCAGUUUUAAAACGGCAAGUUCAUUUACUCUUUAUUGCCUGAUACCGCAAAAUUUUUCUUUGCCUGGCGUUUGCCGUAUAACGCGAAGUUUAAACUCUCUAUUAACAUUCGGCAGAACCUGAAAUCGGCCCGAUUAAUCGUUUUGUUGCAAACAUAGCUUUAGAUCGUGGGUUUCGACGUGCGAAAAAUAAUUAUCACGCCCAGGAAUCAUAUUGAUACAUUCUGUUCAAUGUUUUCAACCUAAAACAGGAUCGAUAUAUCGACCUUCAUUGUCAUUGAAAAAACUACCACGUCACACCCCUCCCCCAUAACUGAAAAAGUGUUGAGAUCAAUUUUUUUCUCUAGAAUGAAACUCUAGAAUGUUUUAAACGCAAUAUAAUCGCGAGAGAUUUGAACAGAACACCAAAGUACUUUUGUGGUUGUCAUUCCAAUAUGGAUUCAUUCAAAUCAGCAGUACUAGAAUCAACACCCCCGGCCUCCUAUAAUUCGUAUAAAUCAUUCCUUAGCACGUUUUAUACCAUAUUUAAAUGGUUCAAGGUCAUUGAUUUAAAUCUUUUUUCUACAUUUCACAGUUUUUAAUUCCUGCUAUUGUACUUCUUGUGGCUGGAUUUGGAAGGUAUUUCACCAUG